AUGUUUCAUUCUCAUCCUCUCAAAUUAUUCCUUCUGCUUGGAUUGAUUCUGAUUUCAGCUGUUUUUCAGAUUCAAGCCUCUUCUUCCUCCGAAUCAUCAUUAAGGAGAGCAUGGAUCUUUACUCAACCUCUCUUUUAUGAUCAAAUGAAGCCUUUGAUUGAAGAACUCAUUGGGUUUUCAUCAUCCGCCCAUGGAAAUUCAUCCAAACAGAUGGAUGUUACAUUAUUUAGUCCCUAUGAUGAUGUCGUGGAUUCCUUUCAACAAUAUUUACCUAGAAAAGGAUCUGCUGUUUCCUCUUCUCAAACAUUCCGAGUGAGAAAAUGUGGAGCAGCAUCAGGAGGAGUAUCAGGUUCUUCUGGAAGCAUCAAGAAGGAUAAUUAUUAUACGAGUAUUGUGGAACAUGGAUUGAAGAAACAAACUUUCUUUGAAUAUGCGGAAUAUAUGAAGAGGGAAUGGAUGGAUCCAUAUUUGACCAAUUCAAUGUUUACAUGUGGACAAGAAGAGUUGGAGAAGGAGGAGAUUGUUUCGCCUGAUGUGGUUGUGACAGAUUGUCAUUCCAUUGGUGCUAUGGAUUUUGCAUUUGGAUUUGAAAAGCCGUUAGUUAUUGUGUGUCCAACACUGGCUUCAUUGUCACUCAUUCAACCAACGUAUUAUCAGAGUGGAAAGUUUUUACAAACUCGAUUUAAUCCUUUCAACCAAAUUUUGUUUUUGAAAUUGUUGGGCGAGUUAACAAAGAGAAAUACUCCAACAACUGCUCAAUGGGAAAAAAUUAUGGCCAAUUCAGUGAAAUAUCUGAUUGGAAGUGCAGAUUUUUCCAAUUCCACAAAUUAUUACUUGUACAUGAACAAGCAAAGUUGGGUUGGAAAAUCAUUGAAUUUUAUUUCCAACUAUUUUUCACAAGCGCAAUUUGAAGCAUUUUGGCUGAGGGAUAACCUGAUGAAUAAUGCAAGAAAUCAGUACUUACCAGGACGCGUGCACGACACUGUUAAGCCUCUCGAUGUAGUGAAGCGUGGCCAUGUUUUUUACACAUCCAUUCCUGGUGUCACUGAAGACGAAAGUAUCAUGCUUCCUUCCAAUGCCAAAAUCGUUCCACCAAUCUUGUACACAAAACAAGUCAAGUGGAUUGCUCUUCCAGAAAAACGCUUGUCAGAAGUUAAGAAGUUGGAGAAACUCAUCGAGUACAAGAAUGUACUUCUAGUGAAUUUGAGAGAUAGUUUUAAAUUAAUUCUCACAUUCUUCAAUGUGUUGGAAAAGCUGGCAAAGAAGUAUGACUAUAUCGUAGUGGUGAACAGAAACGAAGUAACAAAGAACUUGGAAUCUAAAUAUCCAUCAUUCACCUUCUCAGAUCUCAAGGUUGAGGAGAGAAGCAGAAUUUUGAAGAAUCCAGCUAUCAAAUUUGUAAUCACCAGUGGAGAUUUACAAUCCUCGAUUGAAGCAUUAUCCCAUGAAAAAUUAUUGAGCUUAAUCCCAUCGACCAUCGAAGGAUACACAGUUUCACAUUACUUGACUGAGAGUUUGAAUGUUGGAAAUAUUUUAAUACCUACAUUAGCCACUGAAGAAAUUAUUCAGAACUAUCUUGCCAAUUUCUUCAUUCCUGGAAAAUUAGUUUCUCAAACUGUGACGACUCGAAUAAUUUCCAAUAGAUUUGUUCCUGAUUCCAAUCUAGCUGUCAAGACCAUUGCAGAAUAUGUGAAUGCUUUGGCCAAUUCUCCACCGCUUCCAACAGCAUCAGAAAACUCCAACGAGACACUCAUUGUGAGCUUGGCAUCAUUGGCAGCAUGUUUAUUAGUGACUGUCUUGAUUGUCAAUUACUUUAUUUUCAAGUGGGUGAUUAUUCCCUAUGUCACUUUGUGUCUCUAUUGUUGUGGUUUUCGAAAACAUUCUCGAGAAAGCCAAGUGUCUGCAGAGAUCACUGGAGAAGCAAAACAAAAGAAGGACUAA